UCUUCUUGGCGAUGGGGGAAAGCUUGGAGGAAGACAGCUGCGAGGCACUCCACCCUUCGUGUUCUUAGUUUGUUCUCCGCAGGCACCAUGGGGACAGCUGGCAACAAUCGUAGAGUGGUGAAAUUGCCACCCCUUGGCAAAUUUCAGAAGCUGAAAAACUACGCCCAUUCCGAGGCCCUGACUCACACCUUUGAGACGCUGUCUAACCUUCACAAGCUGCUUCCAAACCAUCUGAUGGAGCUGCUCCAUUCCUACAAGAGUGAAGAAGACCAAAAAAAAUGUGAGAAUCCUGAAUUCUCCGGCUUAGAAAGGAUUUUAGCAAGACAUCAGUUUCCAAAAGAGAUUAACCUGACCCCAAAGCCGAGCAGAGUGCCCUCAUGGAAAAGAAAAGUCGUCGACAAUGUAAGUGACGGGUGGAAGAAAUGCAACUUGUGGAAGAGAAACAUUGGAGGGACAAAAGACCCUCCAAUGUCCACCAUAGUUGUCAGAUGGCUGAAAAAGAACAUGCAACCCACCGAGGACCUCAGGUCUGUGAUCUGUCGGCUGUCAGCUUUCGGCCCGAUUCACUCAGUCACAGUGUGUGGACGUCAAAGUGCUAUAGUGGUGUUCAAAGACACGACUUCAGCUUGUAACGCUGUGAGUGCUUUUCAAAGCCGGAUCCCAGGCACCAUGUUACAGUGUUCCUGGCAACACCGAUUCAUGUCGAAAGAUAAAUCUUAUUCAAGAAAAUGCUCCCAGAAGACAGAGCCUAAGAAACCAAAGCAAGAAACUGAAGAAAACACCAGCCAUAGCUAAGGAGCCACAAAGAGGAAAGUUGCAGUGCCUUUUGAGUACGUCAGAACCUACCUGAAGUUCACAAACAAUACACAAUGAAUGCCAAUGUUGUUUGAAGUGGCCACACACAAUUGUUAAUCUUCCUGUGCAAAUCAAAUAAGAAA